AUGUCGAGUACUAAGAGAGACGAUGUUGAGCCCGCGGUUCAUGAGGCCAAUUACUUCAAAGGAUGGCGUUUGGGUGCAGUUGGCACCUCUAUCGUUCUAAGCAUGUUCUUGGUAUGUUCGAUACCCAGUUUUGUAGGAAGCUGCAUAUGUGACGAUGACUGACUGAUGGACAGGCAUCGCUUGAUCUAGUAAUCAAAUCUCCUUUCACAGGCGGUUAAUACGCGAUAGACUGAUGAAAUCUUGAAGACCAUAAUUGCCACGGCGAUUCCUCAAAUCACGGAUGAUUUUCACAGUCUGAGUGAUGUAGGCUGGUACGCCUCUGCCCUCUGUGCGUAUUACUGUUUCCCUCGCAGAAAUAAAUUCACGCCGCUAAUCUUGCAAAGUUCUCACCGUUGCUGCUGCACAAUCAGUAUGGGGAAAAGCCUUCAAGUAUUUCCCAGUGAAAACGGUUUACUUGCUCAGCAUAGCAGUGUUUGAAGUUGGAAGUUUGAUUUGCGGUAUGAUACUAUUCCAGAGAUGGGUGGAAACUUCUUUACUAAUAAUAGGAAGGCGUAGCACAAAAUAGCACAACACUUAUUGUCGGAAGAGCAGUUACAGGUCUUGGAGUCGCUGGAACCUUCGGAGGGUCUUACAUUAUCAUUGGCAUAUCUGCACCACCUGAGCAGAGACCAGCUAUGACUGGAUUCAUGGGAUCUGCGUAUGCGAUUGCUUCAGUAAUAGGGCCAUGUAAGAGACUGCGUUUGUGGUUGCACAUUAUCAGACCGCACGUUCCCCCUUUUCAUGAUCUCGGUUAGCUAACAUGUAUGGCGAAGUGAUUGGAGGGGCUCUCACAGACCGUGUAACCUGGCGAUGGUGGUGCAAUAUCUCCAAUUUUGUACAUUUGAUCGAAACAUUACUAAUGCCUGUUUAGUUUCUACAUAAAUCUCCCUUGCGGCGCUCUCGCUGCGGCCUCUAUAGUUUUGUUCUUCAAGGUUCCAGCGACUGUAAAACCUACGGAGGCCACUCUGAGGGAAAAGCUGAAGCAAAUGGAUAUUCCAGGAUUCUUGAUAGUAACCUCCGCAGUUGUUUGUUACCUCCUGGCAAUGCAAUGGGGUGGUGUAAUAAAGACUUGGGGCUCGUCUGAUGUUGUUGGGACACUAGUUGGGUCAAUAGUUUUAUCUAUUGCAUUUCUAGUGGUGGGAUGGUAUCAAGGAGAGCGGGCGCUUCUUGUCCCCAGUAUACUGAGGAAUAGGACCAUUGCGCGUGGCUGUGCUUUCAGCUCUUUGUAAGUAGUUCAUUCUCGGUUCCUUGUAACAUGGAUUUGCUACUAAAGUCACUAGAAUUGCGGGAAACUUUUAUAUUCUGCUUUACUAUCUUCCUUUUUACUUCCAAUCGGUUCGAGGCGCUAGUGCAACGGACUCUGGGAUACGCACGCUACCAUUGAUUCUUGGACUCAGUGAGUUAUCUUCUACUUCUGGCACAUCUAGACUAACAGGUCAGCUUUGGUACAAAUAAUCACAGGAGUAUCUGUUGGCGCUAUCAAACUCUUCAAUCCCUUCCUGAUCGCUGGUGGGAUUCUCACAACUAUUGCCACUGGAUUGAUGACAUUGCUAGAAGUAGAUUCCGAUCAUAGCGUCUGGAUUGGAUACCAGACACUAGCAUGGAAUGGACUUGGCCUUUGUUUCAACGUCUAUAUAAUUAUCGUGCAGAAUAUCGUCGAGCCGGACGAAGUCGCAACUGCAACCGCGAUCCUUCUGUGUAUUUCUUGCAGCUUGAUACUCCGUAUCAUCCACAAAUAUAUACUGACUUCCAGGCAGUCUUCCAAUCUCUCGGAGGUGCUUUGGUAGUCUCUGCCGCCCAAUCGCUCUCACAAGUCCAAACAUCAAUCCUGCUACUAUCUUCGCCAUUGGUGCAUCCGACCUCCAAUCCACUUUCCCAAAGGAAGAAUUGCCAGGAAUCAAUUCAAGUUAUGUAAAAGCACUACACAUGGCUUUUACGAUGGCGAUACCAAUGGCUGGUGUUGCAACUCUGGUCGCAGUGAGCCAGAACUGGUUUCGCUUAAAGGUCCCUAGUAAUAGUGAGAUUUUGGGAUCCAAUGGUAAUGAUGUGGAGAAGAAUACUUAG